AUGUCAUUUAGGAUGGAUUUAAAUAUGCAACGUAGACGCCAGCGCGAUGUGACACACAUCAGAGUCAAGGAAUUCGAGUAUACGUGUUUAAUAGAGAAUUUCAAAUUUUACCACUGUCAAGUAAGAAAGGAAUUACAAUCUCCAGUGUUCAGGAUGGGCGACAACGACGAAUACAAAUGGUGUUUGCAUCUGUAUCCAAAUGGAUACGCUGAUCAAGAUGAAGAUUAUUUAUCAGUGUAUCUGGAACUGUUGGAAGAAACAAUUGAUGAACGGGCAGCAUUCUUAGUUUUAUAUCUUGUCAAGAGAAAUGGAGAUGACUCCGAUGUGGCCAUUGAAACCUUUAUAGAAAAAAUAAAGCAUGGCAAUUCUCAAAAACGCGAAUUUCCCAAGUUUACCGAAAGAGCUUAUGUCUUUGACAAAAGCAAUGACCUAUUGCCAAACGGCGCACUCACUUUACGCUGCAAAUUGUACUUGACCGAUGAAAUCGUAAACGUCUCCCAUCCGUCGGAGACGUUUUUACCGGCCGAUCAGAUGUUGUCCUGA